AUGUCAGCUGCGCUAAGUUCUGUUCAAAUUGCCGAGUAUUACUCCAAAUUCUUUGCUAGAACGGAAUCAGAGGAGCUUUUAGAUGAACAAAGUGCGCACGUCAACUCGAGAUCAACAUCGAGGUUCAAAGCACCAGCACCAACAUCUGAAAAUGAAAUUCUAUCCAUAGAGUUCAACCCUAACGGAUCCUUAUUAGCCUACACCAGGAGAGAUGGUACCUUUAACAUCUGGAAAUUAAGAACAGAGAAGCCAGAUAUUUAUAUGCCUGUCUCUGAUACCCAGGGAUUCGAGAAAUGUGUAAGCUCUAUAAGUUGGAAUCCUAAUGAAGAGAAUCAGAUAGCGAGCGUUGCUAAUUUCAAAACUGUGGAAAUUUGGGACGCAGUUUCGGGGGCACCACUGAGAACUCUGAUAACAGCAGAAACAAUGAAAAAUUCAGAAUGUAAGUUUGAUCCGACGGGGAGAUGGUUAGUUGUACUAACCGAAUGUGACAAACUUUAUCUUUUCGACACGAGUUCUGGCUAUUCACUUAAAUCUAUUUUUGAAUUGCAUGAAGUCUACAUGGAAGACAAAGGUGCAACAGAUGCUGCAGUUUCCAUUGAGUGGGAUAGCUUUGGUUCGUUCAUUUUCGCGGGCUUCAAAAGCGGAAAAAUCAUGAUAUUAAGAGUAAGCGAGGAUCAUGGUAUAGCGCUGACCUUUGAAAUUAGCGAUCACUUGGGUGCUAUUACCUGUAUGAAAUGCGACCCCACUGGUCGGUACUUUGUUGCAGGAAGUGAAGAUACUACCUGCUCGGUGUGGAAUGUUCAAGAUAUGUGUUGCGAGUGGGUUAUCGACGAUUUUGACGACUGUAUUACCGACGUAGAUAUAUGCCAUAAUGGAUAUUCACUUGCUGUAUGUUCUGCAAGUGGAACCAGGAUCUACUCGUUGAGUAAUAAGAAUUGCUUGUUCGAGAGAAUAUCCAAGGGAGUUUUAAGCCAAAGUAAAUUCAGGUUUUAUCCUCGAAAAACAUGGUUUAUUUCUAAUGGAAAAAGUGAUGUGCUAAGCAAGUUCUACGUGCCGAAAAUAUUCAACCCUUUGAUGCUCUAUGAGAGAGAAGAGAAUAAGAGGAAAUCUGAAAAGCGGAAGCCACGUGAAUCAAACUACGGACGUUCCCGGAGAGACGAAGAACAACCUUCUAGGAACAGGUAUUAUAACAAGAAGUCCCUACGCAGGUAG